AUGGCGAUGAUGGAUACGCCAAUACAAACAACGAACCUCAACGAUCCCAAAGUCGCCGCGAUACGCGGGGCUGAAAUCCUCCAAAGGAUAUCUCCCGACGACUACAAAAAAAGUGAUGGCGUAUUCAAUCUUCACCUCGAGGGUGACCCUUCCCAAAUCGUGGCCUCUCAGAAUGGGUUCAUCUGGGCUGCAGCAGAUGUCUUCGACAGGCAAUCUGGACUUAUCUUUUCGGUGGAUCAUAUCUGGCUUGCUGUUCUUGCACAGCUGAAAUCCUACAUCUACCAAGUCUUUCAACCUCGGCAAACACAGGAGAUCCCGAGCUUUUUGAACGAACAACUCAGAGACAAAAAAGCUUUAGUGAAUAGCUUAUGCGAUAUGGUUUUAAAAAAGUUUGGUCUUGAGGCCGCGAAGCUUCUUCUUCCCCGUUUCAGCACCACCGCGGAAUCGGAAACCGGGGCGGCCGCUCUCAUACUACUCGGCACAAAUUACCAAGUUCAACACCAUCGGAAAUUCAACAUGCCCGUGGCGGCUUAUAAUCGCGGGGCUAUUAUUAUAGCGGGAGGUAGAGAGGACUGGUACAAACUGCGGAGAAAUUUCGAGGAUCUCAGAAACCUGUCCACGGAACUGGCGGUUGCGAUAUCACAUCAUUUGAUGUUUCUGGACAACUUGCUACGAGGGGAAUUCUGGGAUGAUAUGCUGAAAGCAGACAGCUUCGGACGGAUGAGUGGUUGGCUUUUUAACUUCUUCGACCCGCGGAAACUUAUACAACCGGGAGGUUUCACAUUCGAUAUUGAAAUGCCUUCUGCUGUUGCAACGAUACCUAUUCGAGUCGACUUUGGUCAGGGUCCCAUGGACUGUACUGUGGUUGGAGGUUUACUCGCGCAUUCCCGCAACGAGUCAGGUAUUGUUAACCCAGCAACUUUCCGUGGAUAUCGUCAUCAGCCUACGAUCGGCUGGCUUAUUUACCGUGAUAAGAAACCCGAAACGUCGGAAACAAAGGAGGAAAUGGUGGAAACGGAGGAGGAAAUGAUGGAAACGGACGGUUAG